AUGACGACCCAUCACGACCCUGCUGGCGUUUCGUCAUCACUACCACCCACCACCAGCCGCGGCAGCAACGGCGGCAAAGCGCCGCUGGCGGCAACGGCGACGACCCGCAAGAAGGGAGCAGCCACAAUAGCGGCAGUAGCGGCGGCGGCGGCGGCGGCUGCUGCAGCUACGGCAGCAGCAGCAGCAUUAGGCGUGGGCGGUGGUGAUGGCGGCGGCGGCGGCGGCGGCGGCGGAAGCGCUGUUCCCGGAGGCGGCGGGGGGGGGGUAAAAAAACGCGAUAGCGCCAAGAAGGGCGGUGCCGAGAGCUCGCGAGGGGCACGAGGAGGCGGGAGCGGGGUAAAUGGUGAGAGCGGGAGCAGGAGCGGAAACACCUCCGGCGUUUCUCGGAAGAGGGUACGCGUGAGGGACGAGAAGCUCGGCGAGUUCGCGGUACUGUUGGCACCAUACAAAGGAGACCACAACGAUAUCUGCGAGGUAUGCGACAAGGGCGGGGACCUCCUGUGCUGCGACUUUUGUAACCUGGUUUACCACUUGUGCUGCGUGACGCCAAAGCUUACCGAGCUUCCGGACGAAGAUCUUUGGAUGUGCCCGGCGUGCACGGCGGAGGUUACCAGCCGUGAGAUCGCUAAGCGGCGGCGAUUGGAGGACGGAGGGCGGUCGACGUCGCCCGGUCCGGGAGGGUCGGGGCGACAUCACGGCCAAGAGAGGGCCCGAGGCUACCAAGGAGUGAAGGCCGAAAAUGACGCGUUCCGAGCCUUUGUGCUGUACAAGAACCAGACAAUGGACAUCGGCCUCUUCCCCACGGCCCAAGCGGCGGCGCGGGCCUACGACCGCAAGGCUCUGAGUCUAUUCGGCGACGCGGCGGUCUGCAACUUCCCAGCGGACGAGCAGGUCGAGGUGGAAGGGGUCGCCACAGACGGAACCACGGUCAAGGGCGUGGUGCGGAGCUUUCACCAGUGGCGGGCUGAGAUGCAGUGGGGAAACAAGAAGCGGCACCUGGGAUUUUUCGAACGACUGGAGCAUGCCUCGCAAGCGUACAACCGAGCCGCCCUGUACAUGAAUGGGCCGGAGACCCCUCUCAACCCAACCAAGGAAGGGUACGUGCCCCCGCCGCUCACCGGACGGUCUGUGAGGGUGCCGAGGAACAAGUUGUUCGUGCAGCAGCUCCCCCUGCCGCUCAUUGCGCAGGCGCAGGUCGAAGGAUCCAACAACAGCGCGGAGUUCGUCCGACGCAGGCAGCAGAUGCGGGGCAAGUACCACUCCCCGCUGGUCGGCGACAACCACCAAGUGUCACGCUUGCCGCCGUUGCCGCCACCGUCGACGCCUCGGGCGAGCAGGAUCCGGUCGGUUGCCGGUGCUGCUGCUGCUGCUGCUGCUGCACCUUCCUCGACGGGGGAGGCCGCAAUGUCGCUGCUUGGUGCUACCGUGGCCGCUGCUCCCGGCGCGCGUAAAAGUGAAAGCAGGGUUAACGGUGGUGGGACGACUUGCGUUGACCUGCCGGAGGCACUGCAAGUGGAAGUGUCCUCCAAGUUGGUCAUCUCGCAAGCGGUGGCCGCUCCUGCUGCUGCUGCUGCUGCUGCUGCCGCUGCCCUUCCCACUGUUGUAGGAACUGUGACGUACUCCCCCGUUGUUUCUGCUGUUGCCUCGCAAGCUGUGGCUGGCAAAGGGAAGGGGCGUGCUACCGCGGCCGCGAACGACACAGUGGGGUGUCCGCCGGCAACUAAGCCGCCGCCGGCGGCGGUAGAAGCAUCGUGCGCAGACAGCCUUCCGGAAGCGGCAGCUGGUGCCGAGACUGCUUUCACGACCAAGAGUGCUAUUGUUCCGGCAGCUUCUUCAUCGGCUGGCUUCGCUAAGCCUCCGGCUGCUGCUGAGGACGGCGUGUCCAAACAUCGGGCUGCGUGUGUUGCAGCUACGGCGUUGACCAGCCCACCGAGAGGGCUUACAAAGGCGGUCAAUUCGACGGGCGACGGCACGCUGCUGGCCAAUCGGGGGGAUAUGAUGAUGCUUGACUUGGAAAGGCCAUGGCGAAGCCAACUCGCGGACUCGAUGGAGGUUGAUAACCGUAUGGGCUUGGAUGAGGCGGCAGCGAACACGGUGGCAUCUGUGGCGACGCCACCUCCAGCAGACGUGUCUGGCAUAAAAGCGGAAGAUGGGAGCAUCGUCAUCACGGCUGGCACCACCACCACCGUCAGCGAGGUAUUCCUGAAGGCUGUAUACCCGGCGGCGGCGGUGGCGGUGGCGGCUGAGGCAUCUCGUAGCCAGAUCCUUGCCGGAGGUUGCGAAACGUUCACAUGGGGCCAAACUAAACCAACGGAAGCGGAAGCGUCCGUUGCGCCACCAUCGACCCCACGGAGAGCUUCCGCAGAAAGCGAACGGGGCGGCGGGUCGCGGACCGCUGACUAUCGCCCUGUCACGGGUUGGGAGAGGACGACUUUGAUGCGGGCCCCGUCCUCACCCGCUCCCUCGCCGCCGCAGUCGUCAUUGCCCGCUAACGGUACCCCGAUACUAGCUUCUUCAGGCGCAACGAGGGGACAAGCAGGCGUCGGCGCCGCAGAGACCGCAAGCUUGGCGAUGAAGCCACUGCGGUCGGCAGUGGCAUCGGCUACGCCGGCGUCGUCAUCGGUGACACCACCGGCACGUUCUCCAAGCCCGAACGCCGCCGGCCGGAAGCGCAGACUGGGCGCCGGAGGAGGAGGCUGUUCCGCCAGCGGGAGUGGAAAUGGAGUAACAGGUCCGGGAACAAGUAGCAGCAGCAGCAGCAGCAGCAGCAGCAGCAGCAGCAGCAGCAGCAGCCGCAGCGGUAGUGGUAGCAGCUCGGGUAGAGAGGGCGGUACCGGUGCUUUUUCUCCUCCGCCGCCGCCGCCGCCGCCCCCGCCGAUUCCCGACCUGUCCUUCGAGGAUGUGGCGGAGCUUGUCUGGGACCCGCGGUCGGGGCCGAAGCCCAGAGGAGCGGCCGAGGCGAGAGGCCCACGAGGGGCCGCUGCGACCAACCGGUCGCCGUUAGAGCAGGCCAUGUGGGACCGGGACAGCGCGCUGCUCGAGCGCGUGGCGCCGGCGCACGCGGAGAAGUCGAUGCAGGUCCUCCAGAUGCACCGCCACGACGUGGAGCGGGCGGCGCAGAUGCUGACGGUCCGGCACGGGAUCCACGUGGUGGGACUGUCGAGCGUCCGGACGACCCGCAACAAGCGCGCCGAGCAGCAGCAGCAGUCCCCUUUGAAUCCCGCCGCGAGACCACCGUCGUCGUCGUUCCCCGCCGCCGGCGGCAGCAGCGGCGGAGGUGGUGGUGGCGGUGGGAGGAGUAACGGCAGAGCUAGCUUUGAAGGUUGGCAGGCAGCGGCAGCGCCGAGAGCGCCGGCGGCGGCCAAGCCUGUCGGGACGGCAUCACCGACUCAUGGCAGGGCGUCCGGGCCGAGAGGAGGAGGAGGAGGAGGAGGAGGAGCGGUGGCGGCGGCCGGGGGUACACCGCGAUGCGGGAAGAAGGCGGACGCCCAGGGCGUCACGCACGAGGAGGCGAAGCUGGCGGGCGACGCUUUCAUGCGGCACGGGCGGGACCUGAACGCGGUGCAGAAGGCUCUCGGGUGGAAGAGGAGCCGAGUGGUCGAGUACUACUACUGCGUGUGGAAGUAUUCACCGGCGUACCAGGUGUGGAAGGCUACCCGGCACAAGGCAGGCUUGCCCGGCGUCAGCAAGGGCGCGGGAACUGGUGGCGCGGGUUCGGGGAUUCACUCCUCGUCCGCCGGCGGGUUGACGGGAGGUGGGAUCCUGAAGGCGAGCUCCGACGGGAUGCGGUGGAGAGGUUCCCGCCUCCGCACGCUCAAGGCGCCGUCCUCCCAGUGACUUGUUUGGAUCGAUUGGUUUGUGGAGGACGUUCGAUGUGGUUCUUAAUCCGAGCGCGCCUACGCGUCUUGUGUCCGGGUAGGAGUGCGUGAACACGACGACGGAUUGAUUUGUUCUGGUCUUGUUUUCGUGAAGCACGUGCCUGCCUGUCGUUAUUGUCUUGGGAGGAGGAAGUGUACGUGCGUGGCCGGUAAACCGCGCGGGGGUGGAAUGCGUUUCGUGUGGCCGAUCUCGUGUCGCUUGGACAGCACGCGAGUUUAUUUGUCAAAAAGAACGAAUGCUUGUCAGUUGUAUGUACACCCUUUUGUCACGUGCUCUCGCUGCGGGCUAUCCAACGCGGAGAGGCUGCGUAUGCGCAUCGUUACUCUCUGUAGCAAGUUUAUGGUCGUAGUUGGUGGUGGUGUUGCGGUUGCUUGGCACACGGACAGUCCGCGUCGCCCGCAUCACUUGUGAUCGCCUUUUUGCAACCAUGCUCACCGCACGGGGGCAGUGUGCGGGCAUUUAGUCUUGAAAAAUGUAGCGUUCGUCAUAAUGAGUUGAUUUCAUAGGAGGCAUGUUGGCAGUAGGGUAUGCUGUUGACGGUGGCUGGCUCUGUCGAGAGCUGCCGUCUCUGCUGCCCGAAGAGAGUGAGGAGAGUACGAGUCGAGAAGAAUCUUUUUGCUGAGUCGGAUGUUGGCUCCCGUGGCAUUAGCAUCAAAGCCGUGAGCAGGGUGACAAACGAGUGUCGUGCGAAUGAUUCGGAUGUGGAAACGCACCGUGUAAGGCGCUGUUAGUAUCAGUUUCGACGGAUGCGUGCGGUCGCGGAGCCAUUGUGGAGAUUCGCUCGUGGUGCAACAGUAUCUGGGAACGGGUUGAAGGUUAACAGGCGGUCUCUGCUGCCGUUAUGUGUUUGUCGCUUGUGCGAACCUUUUUUGUGGGUGUUGAGCCGCCCUUGGGCAUAUAAUAACUAUCGCACGAAAAGUCGUGACUCGUUUUUUGGUGUUUGGCGAUAUCCCGCGGUAGCAACGACGGUUUCAGAUGAAUGUACGCAUGCGGCGGCGUUAAAUUUCAGUCGCCAGUCCUCCGUGCUUGUUACACCCAAGGAUACCGAAAGGGCCAGUCGGGAUGUUGGGGGGGUGUAGAGUCAAACGCUCGACAGGGAGGUGUACGGAAGCGCACGGGGGACGGUAUGAAUGCGAGACGCGAUUGAUGGUGUGCAUGUUUAACCACUCCGUCUUGGCAGCGUCGCCAUGGUGCGCCGCUGAGAAAAUUAACGGCUUGACGGAGAGGCCCGAAGGAGAGGGGAAAAGGUUGCCUGUGUUGUUGAUGUGGCCUGCCACCAAUUUCCUCCCUCUUCCUCCAGUACGAUUUUAUGUAGACGUGGGUAAAAAGCGUGUCUUGAAAGGACUGACGGGUUUAAAUAAUCAAUGCAAAC